AUGGCUCACCGCCGCCACCACCACCACCUCUCCGAAGACUCCGCCAUCUUCUCCCCCUCUGUCGCCCGCAUAGCUGCUUCCACCGCCCGCGACUGGUCGUAUAUUGACACCUGGCUCGCCGCAAAGCUCCAUCCCCGCCCCGUCCCCGUCUUCGAGCGCAACGCAGACACCCUCAAGGCCCUCCUCGCCCUUGCCUCUCUUAACGACGCCGCCGACGAGGAGCGUCAGCUACUCGCCAAGUCAGAAGCCGCUGCCUUGAAAGAGCUCUCCCUCGAGCAGUCCAAUGCCCAGUUCGUCACAGGCAAUGGCCCUUCCCGUGGCCCGCGACGACCGCUUAGACAAGGUCUACUCGACGCCGUCCAGCACAAUCUACCUGCCGAGGGCCACACCGCCCUCGAUGCCUUGGCUAGCAUGGCCCUUCAACUCGGCGUCGCUUUCCCGGAGCCCGAGGACCUGGGUCGUCGUAUGGUCGGUCUCCAGGCAAGUAUCCAGGAGACAGAGCAGAUGAAGUCUCGUGUCGACAUUCUCCACCGCCAUAUAGAGGAGGAGACGUCCAAGAUCCACAACCUUCUUCGCCUACUCAAAGGCGACGAGUACAAGCCCCCAGCUCACCUAGCAAAGCAGAACCUGGAACUUCAACGCAAGGUCAAGGCCAUGUCUGCCAAGUUGCCCGACCUCCAGGACCGCGUCGCUGCUCUCUCUGCGUCUGCCGAAUCGUCACACCCUACCACAGCCGACAUCGCCCGUGACGAGCAGGAGUACCUCACCAUCCUGGCCGAGAAACGGGAUCUUGACCUUCAGAUGGCCACCUUUCACGGCCUGCCCAGCAAUCCAGAAAUGGCCAGAUCGGAGCUUGAGGCCCUCCGAGGCCAACUACGCACAUUUACAUCACAGCGUGAUGCCGUCUUUGAAGGCCUAGUUGAGCGCGAGAGUCCCGUCAAACGACGCAGAUGA